AGCAAGUCGACCUCGAAGAUGGCGAGCGCGGUGGGCGAUGGCAGCGAACCUCAAAAUACAAACGUGCGAUUGUCAUUUACGGAUAUUGUGGAUCAUAUUCAACCUAUUUUUCAAUAUAGAUGGCGCGAGCCACCGUCCAAUCCGAGAAGGAAACACUGAAAUAUCUAUACGACUUUUUAUAUUGAUGGCGCCGCCCACGGUUUUAAAAGAAUGCCCCGUUGCUUUGCUAAAAGCGUUGCAUUUUAAACUUUAUAUGCUGUAGCAGAACUAACCGUCUAAUUCAUAAGUCGCGGAACAUGAUGGUGCGUAGGCUGCCGCCGUAGGAAUAAGUCAACGAGGUAGAGGGGCUUUCGCAAAUGUGUCUGUCCGGUCUGUCCCUCGUGUAUUUUCUGUUUUUUAUUUUUCCCGUGUGAACUGGACUCAACCCAGCCGCAAACUUGGUGAACUCUGUAGACGAGCCGAAUCAAAGCUGAAAAUGUCGUCUCCUAAACCUCAAGACGAAGAAGGCGCCCGUCCGAGUGGUGUUAGGACCAGACGUCAACCUCGCAAAAACUACGCGGUAAUGAACGGCGACUCUGACGACGACGACUCAGACGUCGACGAACCCGACGAUCUCGGCUCGACCAACUACGAAGUGAAGGCACCACCUUGCAACGGCACCCAAAAGAAGGACACCCGCGUCUUCAGGUGCGUGCUGUGCCUUUCGGACGCAGACGACACGCGCUCCCACCUGGCGCACAUGCGGACUGCCCACCCGAACCACCGAACCCACUGCCUGAUCUGCGAGACGGAGUACGACACCUACGGCGCGUACAAACGCCACCUCCGCGACGACCACCCAGACAUGCUGCGGAGGCUGGAGGAACGCAGCAGCUCGGAGAGCGGCCUGUACUGCCUCGAGUGCGGCAAGCCGUUCGCGUCCGCGUCCUUCCUGCACCGCCACCGGUCGCAGCACUUCAUGCUGAACCGGGAAGAGUGCAAGGAGUGCGGCAAGUCCUUUCUGGAAGGUCCGGCCAUGGAGCGGCACUUGAUGACGCACAGGACGGUCGAGCUGUCUUGCGGCCGCUGCGACGUCACGUUUCAGGACUCCCGGAGCCUGAAGAACCACGCCAGGAAGCAUCGGCAGUACAAGUAUCACUGUCGGGUGUGCGGUCGGCCCUGCCGCACCGCCAUGGGGGUGGAGACCCACAUGUGCAGGAGGCAUCCUCAACCGGGCAACAGUUACCGCUGUUCCCUGUGCCAGAAACACUGCAACAGCACAAACCACCUGUGCAAGCACAUAGCUGCCAAGCACAGAGACAACGGGGAACGCCUCUUCACCUGCGACAUCUGCAAACGCAGCUUCAGGUGGAAGCACACUCUCAAGGCUCACACAAUACUGCACCACCCCACCGUGAACGGCGAGGGGACGCCCACUCUGCACAAGUGCCCCCACUGCGACGUGGCGUUCCCGUACCGGUUUGCGCUCCAGUCGCACCUCAUCAAGCACAGCGAGCGGAGGGACUUCCAUUGCAAGCUCUGCGGAAUGGCCUUCAAGAGGAAGCAGCCCCUGACAGACCACAUGAAAGCGGUGCACUGCUCUGAAAAGAAGUUUCACUGCACAACCUGUGGCCAGAUGUUUGCGGUGAAGCGCUACCUGGAUGCGCACUGCAGGCUGGCACAUCCGACGCAUGUUGAGGUUUUCCCUUGCAGUGACUGUUCGAAGGAGUUCAAGACACAGAAGGCGAUGAGGAGCCACUGGAAGACCUGCCACGGGAACGCGCCGCGGAAGCACGUCUGCGAAGUGUGCGGCAAGGCGUUUGCCUUCUUCAAGGACCUGAAGCGGCACGGGCUCUCACACGGGGCGCCCAAGACGCACGAGUGCCAGCAGUGCGGGAAGCUGUUCUCGAGGCCCGACAACCUGCGCAAGCACGAGCGCACCACAUGCAAGUUGAGGGACGAGUAGCCAGACGGUUAGUCGGACCACUGUUGGCCGGCUUUCGGCGUUUGAGACAUUUGUGUCCGGAAUGCUGCGACUGAUGCUUCUGGAAAAAUGUGCGAGGGAUGUUGGCUAUACGUUUCAAUCAAUUUGAUGAAGUAUGUGCAAACGAAAGGAAAAGAACAAUAAACGUUCAGAUAUUGUUA